AUGUCCUUAUUGAUACCUAAUUCCAAUGAUUACCAUGACGCUCAUGGGGACUUGGAUCAGGAUGAGUUAUAUCGUCAAAACAUACGUUCCAAUUAUUUAUUUCAACCAGUAUCGGGCCUUUUCAAGCAAACAGAUCUUGAAACAGAUGACAUGAGUUUUAGAUAUACUGAUGAUAAUUUCGGAAUAAAAAUUUCUUACAAAGAUAUCAUAAAAAAUUUAAAAGAAUUAAAUGACAAUGCACCAGAGAAUGUACAAUAUAAAUUACUAUUCCUUGCAAGACAUGGACAAAGUUUUGCAAAUGUAGUAGCUCGAAAAUAUACAAAAGAAGAAUGGUUUGCAAAAUGGAGAUAUAUUGGUUUUGACGGAGAAUUUACUUAUGGUCCAGAUGCAGAUUUAACCGAUUUGGGAAUACGACAAGCAUUAGAAAAUAACAGAGCAUGGAAGCGACAAUUGGAGUUAGGAUGUCCGUUUCCAAAAUCAUUUUAUUUGUCUCCAUUACAAAGAUCCAUUAAAACAUUUAACAUAACUUGGGGUGAAGAUUCUUUGAAACGGAUAGAAAAUAAAGAAGAUACUAUUAAUAUUUCCCCAAAUUUAAAUCCCCAAGUGAUUGAGCCGUUGAGAGAAACUAUUGGAAUUCACCUUUGUCACAAGAGGUCAAAAAAAUCUGAGUUAUGUUCCAAAUUUCCUUAUCUACAAUUCUCAGAAGAAUUCCCAGAAGAGGAUUUAUUGUUUGAAGAAUACAACGACGUUAGAGAAAAAUUAUACCAACAAUUUAUGAGGAUACAUACGGUUCUUGAAAAUAUUUUCGAAAAUGACAAAAAUGAUGUGAUUUCCAUUACCUCACAUGCUGGAACUAUAAGGGCGUUUCUUACGGUGAUAAAUCAUAGAAAAUUUACAAUACCAACUGGUGGGAUGAUACCGGUAAUAGUUAGAGCUGAGAAAGUAGAUAAAUCCUAA